GCUGGUUCGUUUUUAAAAAGAUGACUCAGGACAGUUUUGUUGCAAUGAGGAAGUAAUACCUAGAGUUAAGUUUUUCAUGGAGGAAGAUCAUGUCACCGCACGUUUACUAACUGUAAGAAACAGUUUUGUACAACUGAGAAAACACGCAAACUGUCAGAGCCUGUAAGGAGAGACUUCACUAUCAACUGCUCAACAACUGUAAGAACAGUCUACUUUCCCAUGCAAAUAUAAUGGAGAACAUCUCAAUUUCCAACUUGACCUCUAUCUUCAAAGCCAGUGAUGGAUCACAAGGACAUUGUGUCAACCUCACUAAAGAAGAUAACCAGAUUGCUCGAAACAUUAACAUUUCCUCAGCGGUCAUCUGUUCCUUGGAAUUCCUCGUAGGAAUAACAGCCAGUGGAUAUGUUAUCUGGAUGAAAGUCUACAGAUUGGAGAAGACAUUCCGCUCAGUGUUGACCCAAAGUUUGUUAAUCUCUGGAUUCAUUUGGUCAAUAUUUUUGCUACUAAACAUUGUCUACUUUGCCUGCAACAUUAAUUGGCCUUUUGGUUCUUUCAUGUGCCAACUACAGAACGUUAUGUUCCAUCUCAACAUGUUCAAUAAUGCUUUUACUCUGACCUUGUACAGUGUUGACUAUUGCUUCGUUGUGAUGUGGCCCUUAAAAUACAAUGUCUACAGAAGACCUCACCUGGCCUCAGUAGAAGUCAUAGUUUGCUGGAUUAUUGCUGUUUGUGUCAGUGUUCCCUAUUUUUUCUUCAAAACCACCUAUGAAUGUUAUAGUACAAUCAAAUGUUAUAACAGAUUUGAUGAUACUGAAAUAACCAAUAUCUGGAAACACAGAAAUAAAGUCAUAGCAAUAAUAACAUUCAUUGUAGGGUACUGCAUUCCUAUCCUAAUCAUGUUGUUGUGUUUCGGUAUUACGGCCAAGGUUUAUCAUCAGAAGAAGACAUCAAAAUAUACCCCAGCCCUAAAGAUGAUCUUUACCUUUCAGACAUUGUUUGGUGUUUGUUGGUUGCCAUAUCAUGUUUUAUCCUUAAUAAGACUUUCCUUAUCUACUUCCCGAGAAAAAAACCUGGUUGGAGUUGUGGAAAUGGUUCAGCCGAUCACAAUAAGCCUGGCUUCUUUGGGUGGUUUAGUCAAUCCCAUUCUUUAUGCAUUCAUAUCUCCAGAUUUCAAAAAGAAAUUACUGAAAUACCGGAAAUAACCAGAUGGACAAUUUAUUUUGAAGUUUAGCUUUAAAAAUCUUUCUGAAUUGUAAACUUAUUUUUUGUAAAAUUAAACUUAGUGUCAUUUAUGUUUU